UUAUCAACAAACCACGCGUGUGAAACCAGGAAGUAAAUAGUUUCUUGUUAAUACGAGAGAAGCCUUCACCCCACCGUGGCACAACCCGCGGGAUCACUGUACGGACUUAAGCUAAUAACCUGCACUCCCCAGGAAACGGCGGAGACUUGCUGUCAGUGAACGAGUUGGCAAUGGCCCAAGCCGACUGAUCACGCUUACUCGUUUAACUCAACGCACGUGCAAACAGUAUGACAGCUGAUUCCUUCUGGGAGUGACAUGACACUGACAAAAUGGACAACAUGCAGCAAGCAGAUAUGGACGACACCGUGGCUGAAAAAACAAAGAUGGAUUAUGGUUCCUUGACAGAAGACAAUUAUUGUGAUUUCCUGGAGGACCACUUCAAUGACAUUAUUCGCUUCAUCUCUCCGCCGGUGUUCUUCGGACAGCUGCGCAGCGCUCGAGUCCUCAGUGAAAGUGACUGUGAUGAAAUCAACAACUUCUACUGUCACCCAACACGGAGAGCCCGUGCAAGAACAUUCCUUAAUGUGCUGCUGACAAAAGGACUGGAUGCGUUCAAGAUGUUUAUGGAAUGUUUAGAAUACGAGUACCCUCAUGUGUUCCAGAAGAUCACAAACAGAGUUGCUAAAAAACCACCCUCAGGCUAUGAGCGGCAUAAUGAGGGUCGUAUCUCUCAGAACCUGGAGGAGUUUUCUCGGAUGGGGUUCCGCAUGGCAAACCUCAACAACCAGAAGAAUGAUCUGUUCAACCAGCUGGAGGAGCUACAGAGCAUGCUGGAGUAUGCCGAGAAGGAGAACAAAGACUUGGAGCGUGAGAUCACCUCAUUGAGACCCUAUGCAAUGGACAACCAGCAACUGCUGGAGAAACAGAUGGAAGCUGACAAGGAGAUCCGCAACCUCAAGGAUGAAAACAGAGAAUUCAUGAGAAAGAACAUUCAGUACCGAGACGAUGUGGAGCGCCAGAUGAGCCGCAUCGAUGAGCUGCUGAUAGACAGGGAGGACCUGGAGAAUAAACUGAAGGAGAGAAACAAUGAGCUGGAGAGGAUGAACCAAUCACAGGAUGUGCUGAUAGAGAAGUUUGAAGAAGAGCGAAAGAAAUCUCAGCGACUCAUCAACAUAGCAACUCGUAGAGAAAGACAUACAGAUGACAAUUCGGAUCGGCCACGUGCUCAGAAUUUUAAGACGAAGAUAGAGAUCCUUCAGUGCGACCUUGAGGCAGAGAGAGACAAGGUGAAAGAGAUGAUCGAAACCUUGGAUAUGACACAGGCCGACUUGACCAGUGAGAGGCAGGCAUCCGAAGCACUGCGUUGUGAGAAGCUGAAGCUGCAGCGAGAGUGUGACCAGACCCAGCUGUUCCUGAAACAUGCAGAGAGGAAGAACGACCAGUACUUCAAGACAAUCCAGGAGCUGGAGAAGGAAAAGAGGAAGGCGGAGGAGGAGAAGAUAUUGGCCCAACAGAAGUGCUGGGACAUUUCGGACCAGAAGCAGAGACUGUUCGUGGCCAAACACAACCUAGAACAGAAAUACGACAGGUUACGGCAAAACUAUGAACGAGUACGAAAUGAUUGUCGGUUGAAAGUAGAGGAAGCUGUUGAUGGUGGCGUUGACACAUUCACUCGCCAUAGAUUAUCCCCGGUGUCUUACCGGCCCCCGCACCUUACCCUGCUAAAGACACAUGAAGACACAGAUCUCCUGGCAACACAGGAUGGAGCCUCACUCUCACACCAACGACAACCUGGAGUUUGUACUUUGCCGGCUACGUUCAGAACAGAGUGCGAUGACCAGACAAAUGAUACCAUGAUGCUUCAGCAGACCUUCAGUCUCCGAAAAGAUGACACGAGUCCAUCACGUGAUGCUGCAACAAAAGGAUGUAGCCCACCGAUUGCAAGAAAACCAGGACCGAACGUUCGCACCGACUCCAUGGUCGUUCAUAUCUCUGCAUCAAUGAAAAAAGUUCGCAUUACCCAGAGUCCUGCUGCUGAUGAUGACAGUGAUCCAACAUGUCGGAGUGACGAUGAUUAUGAUAAUGAUGAUGACAAUCAGAGUGCUGGUGGAUUCAGCAUCGAUCAAGAAACGUCAUCAUCUGGGUCAUCGGAUGUGCAGCAGGACACGGAUGUCUACUGUAUCCGCAGCAACCUCCUGCCUGGAGACUCCCCAUACCUACGCUGGUUUGACCCACAGGCCGGCAUGUCAACUAUGGAGACUGAUGGAGGGGAACAGAAGAAUGUCUCAGAUUCAGAAGAAAAUAUGGCCAAACUGAACAUGAAGAACUUCUACAUCAGAUCAAAUGUGACAUGGGAGGACCAGACCAAGGAUGGCAGCAUCCCCAUCCAGGAGGGGGAGUUCCUCUACAUCAGCGACAUCCUCAAGCCGACCUUCUUCCUGGUCAGCAAGGUCGAGCCCACGUCCGGCCACCACAUGAAAGGGAGGGCCUCAGGGAUUGUGCCAGACUAUGAACUAGCCAAGAUGUGCACACGGCGCUCCUCUCAAGGGGUGAUAACUCCGGAACCUCAGGGUAAUAAAGGGCUGAUAGUUCGCCGGGAUGCCAUCAGAAGCAGAGACUAUAGCCCGUACACAGUCAUUGCUCCGCUCCAAGCAUUGAUGAAGCUGCCAGUCCUCCUGAGCGGCCAGAGAGGCCUUGUGGACGCCAUCUUGGACAUCCUGGUGGCCGAGGCUGAUGAGUGGGCCACAACCAUCAAGAAACCAGUCACAAAGAAUCAGCGGCAAAACUGGCGAGAGAUGUGUGAUCUGCUCCGCCACACCAUCAUGCCCUGUUGGGGCAUCAGCCAUCAGUCGGACCGCGACCAGCAUCGCUACAUCGUCAUCAACAUCAAACUGAUGUCCGAUGACUGCCAGGAACAGCUCAGGGACAUAUUUGGCCCGGAAUUUCAUGAUGUGCAGUGUGACAAGGAGAUGGCGCCAUCCAAAUGGUCACUUCAUAGUGAGACAGUCAUGCUGCCCUCGCCAAAGAUCAGGAACCGAGGCGACCUCAUGGCCCAGCUGAAAGAGAAGAUCAUGAAUGUGCAGGACAACAUCUUCUGGAUGACCAUUAGCUGGAAGACCAUCAACGCUCUGAAGAACAGUGCUUAGGAAAACAGCUGUAGGAUUUAUUGUCAUAAGAAGGGAAAAUACGACAUGAGUACCCUCGUUAAACCUCAUCAGAUGUUUUCAGUUGUCAGUCAGGAGAAUAAAAGCUGACAUCCCGUUUGCUUUGACAUGUCCAAAUUACUUUGGCCUGUCCUAAGUACCGGUACUGGAAUUUGGUAUAAUCUGAAGAGUCUUACUCAUAGGGAAAAAUUACUGGAGGUACAUGCAGGAUCUGUGUGAUCAGACGUUCACGAACAUGAAACUUUGUAAACUACAAACACCCCAGAUGAAAUAUAUACUUGUGAUAACUGUAAAUUUUGCUUUCAUUUUUUUAUUUAUGAACUAUAUCCAAAGAAGUACAGUUCUUUUGUUAUUGUUGAAAAUAAUCUUUGUUUAAUACAGACAGCCUAUUGCUGGUAUUUUAUUGAAACAAUGGAAACAUGAUCACCAUAUGGAAAGUAACCGUAGCAGGUAAGGCUGCUCCUCAGUUAAUUGUUUUAAACGUUGCAGAACAAGAUGAAGGCGUGGCUAACACGUUUAUUUCCAAGACUCAGAUUGUUGCAUGUUUAAGUAUUCAUACAUGUUAUGUUCUUGCUUUUUAUGGAUGUUAGAGUACUUCAGUGCUGUUUGCGUUUCAUAUGAAAGUAUGAUAUGACUGUGUAUGUACAGGAAUAUUAUUAGUUAUGGUGUCUUUAAUUGCCAUAUAUACGGUGUCAUAUUAGGUUAGCAGAAAAAUAUUUUUCUGCCAACCUAAUAUGACACCAUAAAUGGCAAAUAAAGACAUCAUAACAAAUAUAUUAUGCCGAAAAGGUUACACUCUCUGGUAUCCACAUUGCAAAUUUUGCCUUUUGUCAGAGAUUUCCUCAUCGGUGCUACUAGCAAAGCAUUUGACAGCCAUUGCUGAUGUCAAAGGGAGACCACUCUUCAAACCUUAGAGGCCAAACCUUGUGGAAAAGUUUAACUAUAAUCUUUAUCAAUAAAGUCACAAAGAUGAUCUAAAAAACAGAUUAAUGUCUUUGCAUAUCACAAUAAAAGAUUGUAAAACACAAAAGUGUCAAGUAACAAAUUUCGGUACCAGCAUUUCCAUGUGAAAUAUGUGAGGUGGGUGUUGGAAAAUCCAAGAUGGCUGUUACUGACGGUAUACGGUCUCAUAUUAGAUCAUUAUCAACCAUCUUGGAUUUUUACUGAUGGUAUAUGGGCUCAUGUGGGGGUCAGUAGUUCUGCUCUCUGAUUGGUCAAUCUCACUUUGAGGCAAAAUAAUGUAACCGGGUCCUAGGAAUGUCUUCUGCCGCACUGUCACAUAGUGACUCAACUGUAUUGCUGUAAAGAAUGACUCCCACCCCAACCCAUUUUUACAAGGCCCUGUAAAAGCCAGCUGUAUAGCCCCAGACCUGCCGUAUGUUAACGGGGAUUACAUGUACAUGUCGUUGAGGCCUACAGAUGACUUCCAUAUUGUAUGAGGCCAGCACUGCUUUUUAUGGCAUCUUUGAUGCUUGGCCACUUGUUGAAGCGUGAUGACAUAACCAAAUGUUUGUGUAUUUAGACAUGUGUUAUUGUACUGUUGCCUCCGAAUCGACCUGUAUCUAUUUUUAUUAUUGAAGGACACUUUUCCCUAUUUACUGAUCAUUGAAUGAAAGUAGGAAUUCAUGGUUGAAGUUGAAAAGGCCUUUUUUCAUCAAAUUAUUACUGUCAGAAUGGUGAUUGAUUUUUUAGUGUUUUUCUAACCAUAUCAAUUUCAGGUCAGUAUCUAAUGAAAUUUGGCAUGUUUUAUUGUUUUGUUUUAUCUAGGCUAAAAAUAUACUUCUAGCUGCCAUAUUCUGUUUCCCAGAAGGUUUUCAUUCCAUCCGUCUGCUUUUUUUUAGGUUUUAGACCUCAACCAUUCUAAAACAAUGUUUGCAAACAAUAGCAGAUAACCCCUGACCUUACUCUGAUCGGCUCUCUGUAUCCCACGAGAGAGAUCACACUGCAGGUAUAAACUCAUUAUCAGGUCAGAAAGCCCUUCUUUCCAGGGAAUGCCCGUCUUGUAUCUGCAACGUGAUUUGCUUCACACGAUCGAGGCAUUUAUAGUGUAAUCUAGGCUUUGGUAUACACUAAUCCAAUCAAGCUGGCAAUUAGUAUUUUGUAACUCAUCUGAAUGAAAACAAACACUUUCUCUUUAAUUGGCCUCUAAUGGCCGAAGCCAGUUUAUUCUGCAAGGCACUUUGGCUGUCGGUGUCACUGUGCGGAGGAGCUCUAUUGUUUUGGUUCCGGAAUUGGAUCAUGCAUGACCUAAAGGUGUGGCGUCACACUCUCAUGCAUGAUUUAAAAACACCCAGAACCAUCAAAAUGCCAGCUAGCCCUUAAACACAGUCUCCAAAUAUCUGUGAUAUUCAAUGUAAGAACUUAUGAUUCAGUUGGGGCAGUCGGGUAGCCGAGUGGUUAAAGUGUUCGCUCGUCACGCUGAAGGCUCGGGUUCUAUUCCCAACAUGGGUACAAUGUGUGAAACCCAUUUCUGGUGUCCCCCGCCAUGAUAUUGUUGGAAUAUUGCUAAAAGCGGCGUAAAACCUCACUAUGAUUCACUUAAUUGUUUUGUCAUCGAUCAUUUGAUCAUCGAGACUGAUUGUUCUCUGUUUUGUACAAACAUGUACAAGCACUGUAAAUAAAUACUCCUUGGACUGAACCUUUCAGAAAUAUCUCUCCUCUAACAGAUUGUAUUAAAUGUUGGCGUCAUGUUGUGAGAUAAAUGGUCAUAAUGCCAGUACUAGGAGAUAUAGAGCAGUGUAUGUAUGAGAGCUUGAUUUUGUGAUACAAGAUUGUGAUUGUAAUUUUUUGUCUCUGUUGUGUAACUGCAAGAUCUGAUGUACAUGUGUUUAUUUCAUGUUGUCAUAUAUGAUCUGAUCAAGGACUGUUUGAUCUUCACAAUAUGCACAUAGUAUCGCAUCCACCUAAUGUACAGCAGGGCAGUGACCUUGUGGUUUAGUCAAGAGCUGUUAUUUGUCCUUGAGAACGUACAAUUAGAUUUAUCAGUUAUUGCAAUUGCAAAGUCCUAUGACUGCAUAGUUUCUGUACAAAGGAAUCCUAGUUUACUUUGGUGAAUGAUAUUUCAAAGGGCAAAUAAUCUGAACUUAGCAGCUGUGCAGAUUUUAAUACUUCAUCACAAACGCUUGACAAAUCAAACUUGAAAAAGCAUAAAACAGACGCUAAAAAAACAUAGGCUAAAUCGCCACCCAAAUGAAAAAUAUCCACCGCAGACACCGCAACCAAGUCUACGUAUCAACCACUAAAAACAUUUGUCAUGCUCUUCUGCGCUGAUAACUUUAUACCACGCCCUGAAAUAGGUUUGUUUUUUAAGACUAUUAUAGAGCGUGGGAUUUCAGCACUUUCAUUUAGACUUGUACUUUCUACAAAUGUUAUGAACUUUUUUCUCUUGGAAUUUAACUUAAUGUAUCAAGGAAGUUGAUAUUUGCAAUUAUUUUUUUCAGCUUUACUUGCCCUUUAAGGUUUCAUCAAAUUACACAACACUGUUUUCACAAAACACUAGUUGUUAAUACUGUUGUUAAUAUUUAUUAUUUCUGACAGUAGUUUAUGCAGAAUAGAUAUUUAUCUGUAUAUGAAGGUUAAAUGCUAUGAAAAAGGAAGUUGUUGUUUGUUAGUAUUUUGUAUUUGUUGAAAUUUGUUGUUGAGUUUGAAGAAUCAAAUAACCUGUACAUGUCAUCACUGCAACAUUGUAUAGCUUUACCCAUGUCACAGUCCAUCUUCCCGAGGCAAGGGAGUUAACUGACUAUAAAAGUCAAGUUCCCUUGCCGAACUGUGCUGCAAUUAUGGAGUUACAUUUUGGCUGGACUAACGAGUCUUUGCUUAGUCCAAUCCGCCAUUUUCUUUGAAGCAAAUGCAAGUGAUAUGAGAGAUGGAAUCUGAUUGGUCAAUGGGUGGAACAUAGAAGAGACAUAACUCCUAAUAGCCAAUGGUGGCGCUACGAUCAUGCCUGGAGUUCCAAUGUAUUUCGGCAAGGGUGGAAACUGGACUUUCAUAGUCAGUUAACACCCUUGCCUCGGGAAGAUGGUCACAGUCUCACGAACAUGUCAUCACUGCAACAUUGUAUAGCUUGACCUAGGUCCCAGUCUCACGAACAUGUCAUCACUGCAACAUUGUAUAGCUUGACCUAGGUCCCAGUCUCACAAACAUGUCAUCACUGCAACAUUGUAUAGCUUUACCCAGGUCACAGUCUCACGAACAUGUCAUCACAGCAACAUUGUAUAGCUUUACCCAGGUCAUUGUUUCAUCCAUGUCAUUCUCACUUAAGCACAUGAUGGCACUGCAACAUCACAUUGUUUCGUCCAUGUCAUUCUCACUUAAGCACAUAUCAGCACUGCAACAUCACAUUAUUUAAUCCAUGUCAUUCUCACUUAAGCACAUGUCAGCACUGCAAAAUCAUAUUGCUUCAUCCAUGUCAUUCUCACUUAAGCACAUGUCAGCACUGCAACAUCAUAUUGUUUCAUCCAUGUCAUUCUUACUUAAGCACAAGUCAGCACUGCAACAUCAUAUUGCUUCAUCCGUGUCAUUCUCACUAAAGCACAUGCAUUUACGUAAUUCAUUCUUUUACUCUAAGAUAUCCUUCUUUUCAAUUUUGAGAAUUCUGAUUAUUUGCAUUAUGGUGCUGUAUUCUGUUAUGGUAUCUGUUGUUGAGUUCUUACCAAACUGGGUCUUUCAUAGCUUCAUAUCUCUGUGGACCAGUUUUUAGUUUAUGGAUGGGUGCAUUUUUACAAAAAAUAUUUUUAUCAUGUCUUACUUUGAAUAUUUGCUCAUCUAGAACUUUUGAGUUACUUUUAUUGGACAGACUUACAGCAAGUGAGUAUGCAAUUGGUUGAAAACUUUUGCUUCUUUUUGGAGGAAGAAAAAUGAUAGUUUGGUUGUGUUAUUAAGUAUUUUAUUUCUCUCUUGUCAAGUUGAAAAAAAUUAAUUGACUUUAUAUGAUAUUGACUUAGCACCAUUUCUCUAAAUCAAACCCGGUGUUGUUAAGAAAACCUCAGAGCCCCAGUCUAUGCAGUCAUCCCACUACGGGAGGUUGAUGGAUUUAGGAACAUCUAUUUUCUUACUAUUUCAGCCUAUUUUCUUAUUAACUGGUUUACAAGAAUGUUGGCUCUACAUUAUGCAAUUUAUCUUCUGAUGAAUGAAAAACAUCAACUUUCGACACAUUCUGAUGCAGAAUCGAAAUAAUAACUACCAUUUAAUGUUUAUAUCACCAAAUAAAUGAAUAGAUUGUCCAGUCAAUUAUUUUUUCUAUAUUUUUAUGGUUUUUCAUUUACAUCAAUAAAACAUAAUAA